GAAUGUGACAAAGAACAGAAGGCUUGCUAGUUUGUUGUCACUAAUUCAGUGAUAAUAUAUUGUGACGAUCAAAGUCUCGUGGACUUGACUGGUAGAGACGAUGUUGGCGAGAGUUCGUCUUCGUUUCCAGUCUACCCCCAUCCACUAUGCACAGAAAUGCUGGUUUACAUUUGACAAGGAGCAGUGCAGACUGGUAGGAGAUGUGGCUCAUCUCAUAGGCUCUCAGUUUGGCUUUGAUCUGCACAAAGAUGGCAUACAGCUCUUCAUGGAUGAUUUUCUGGUACCAACUAAUGAAAAUGCAGACGUCUUUAGAGAUAAUGAUCUUAUCGAAGUCAAGAAUGUGUCUGUGAGGAAUGGUCUGAUAGAGUCGAGCUCUACCUCUGACAGCAGUCUUUCCGAAGCUCAACCUCUGGCUAAAAAGAAACCUAGGAUUACUCCAAACAAGGCUGCCUCUUCUAUUCCAAACAAGACUGCCCCUAGGAACACUUCAGUCCCUAAGGUCACUCCAAACAAGACUGUCCCUAGGAUCACUCCAAUCAAGGCUACCCCUACUCCAAACAAGACAACCCCUAGGAUCACUCCACACAAGACAGCUCCUAACACUCCUCCAAAUAAAGGCUGUGCCAAUAAGUCAAGUAAAACGCUGUCCAGCAAAUCAAAACCGCUUCGUGUGUCUAAGAAGAAGACAGCAUCUGGUGGUAUGCAUUUGACCUUCAAUUCCUCUAGUAGUUCAGAGAGCAGUUCCAGCGAAGACGAGAUACCUGUACGAUCGAUUACAACCGCAAACCAAAACAUACCCACACCUCCUGUGAAACCAGUGGAAUCGCCAGCCAGCACCAGACGGGGUAAACGAAGCAGGGGCAAAGGUCGUGGGGGGAGACAGAGAGGAGGAAGAGCUUUGCCAGCAAAUGUUGUCAUAGGAGGACCAAGUGAUGCCCAUACUACACUCAACACUGUAUACACCAACAAUGAUGUUUCUAUGGAGAAUAAUACGUAUCCUUCUAUAGAGAAAAACAAUGAUGGUGAUUCCGUAGAGAAAAACAAGGAUGAUUCUAUAGAGAAUAAUAACACUGCCAAUCAGAUGUCUACAGGAUGGGAUGUCCGACCAAAUGAGGAGCACCCUAUCAUUAGUAAGCCGACUAGGGACUAUUCUAAUUGUCCGGACCUCGAAGGUGCUCCAAGAGUGGGUGACCAACUAGCAUUCAAGUUAUUGGAGCUCUCUGGGAGUUGCACGCCUGAAGUGUCUCUAUACAAACUAGCGUCAGUGAUGGCUUACGAUCAUACUGCCAAGACUGUGACAGUCAGGUAUCAGGGCCCCUCAAACAUCACACCAGACAACGCCUCUUCUCGAUUGGCUCAGUUUGCACUGGAACAGGAGAUCAUGAUGGAGUGUCCUGAAGUCGUACUGGAAUUGAACUCACUAAUAACCCCUAAACUUGUAAACACCUAGCUAGUGUCUAUAUAAAUUACAUGCUUUGUAACUUUGUAUGCAUAAAUUAUACAGUGUAAUUAUAUCAAUUUUGUUUGUUUUUUCUACAUAACAGUCACUGUUUAAAUCUCA